AAAACCGCUUCAAACAGACGAGUACCACCAGCUCUCGCGCGAUCCUCUGUUUGACCGCGCCACAUGCGCGCGCGAUUAAUCCUAGCAAAGCAGCUCCCCGACCGAGCCCCAUCCGGAUUUAUAAUCUAGUCACCAAACCUUCGGAGUUGAAGCCGUAUGUGUAUAUAUAUAUAUACAACAGCCGCUCUCGAGAUCGACAAGGAGAAGCAACCAGCGUGCAUCCGAGGGAGAGACUGAUCCGGACGCAAAAGGCAUCCACCGAGUUUCCAGGUCUCACCAGCCAAGAACAAAUCUAGCUAGUAAUUAAGCUACAGCGCGAGCAAGAAGAGGUUAGUGUUGGGUAGUCGAGUUCGAGUUCGUUCCAUGGAGACGAAGAAGCAGAAGAAGCAGCACGCGAGGUCAAGGAGCUUCACGGGCGGCGGGCUGGCCUCCUUCCUCAAGUCCACCGUCGCCUCCUUCUCCUCCACCUUCCCGUCGUCCAGCGGCGGCGGCAGGAGGGCCUCCUUCAACCACCGCAACGCCUUCUCGGGCCCCAUCGUCUCCAUCGUCCCGCCGGAGGCCCGCGGCGGCGGCAGGAGGAAUAAGCGGUCGUCAGGGUACGUGACGCCCGAGCCGUCGUCGCCCAAGGUGUCCUGCAUCGGCCAGAUCAAGCGCAGCAGCUCCAGGCGCCAGAAGAAGGUCAACCCGUGCGGCAAGAACGGCGGCGCCUGCCCGCUCCCGCCGAGGCCGCCGGUGUCAGCGGACGGGAAGCCCUGCAGGCCCCCCAGGGGCUCGCUCGUCAAGCGGUUGUCCUUCUUCCGGCGCAGCAGGUCGCGUUCUCGGUCGUCAAGGGCGUCGUCGUCGCCCAAAGAUGGCCUCGUCGGUAACGGGAUGGCGGCGGCCCCGGCUCCAGCGCCGCCGGUGGGACUUGGACACAUGAGGCGGUUCACGAGCGGGCGCGCCGCGUUUCAGGACUUCGACUGGCGGGAGGAGGAGAGGAGAAGCCGUGACAGCGAUGAGGAGUUCGAGGACGACGGGUUCGUAGCGCAUUCGGCGCCGCUGGUGCUCGGCGGCGGGGUGGUAGCCUCGGAGCCGAGGAAGGAGGUGAACCUGUGGAGGCGUCGCCCCAUGGCUCCUCCCACUCCGCUUGAGCUUCCCUAGGCUAUAGCGAGCUGAUGCAUGUUCGUUCAUCUCUGUACAAUGCCCUGCUGCUUUCUUUAGUUUCAUAGUUUGUAUAUACAGCUCUACACAGUAGACGGCUACACGCCUAAGUGAUGAUGAUACAUGUUUAGUGGAUUUUUGCAAAUGUGGUGCUCAUCUUUGGAAAAGGAAGAAGUAGACUAAAACUA